AUGUUAGGAGAGAUGUCACUCAAAGCCAGUCACCAUGGAAACACCAGAGUUAGCCCCAGAGGAAGUGAAGACAGGGAAGAGAGGCGAACAUGUGUUGUUGAUAUGAACUCCCAAACCGGUUUUGGUCAGCACCUGCAAUCCCCAGUGUCCUGCUUCUCAGAGAGACACUUGCAACUACAAGAUGAUUUGAAUGUAUCUAAUGAGGGGUCGUCCAUUGGAGACUCGAGCCAAGAUGUUUCCUCCUCCCUUGAGAGCUGUGUUAAGUUGGAGAGAAGGUGGAUGCUGUGGUAUGAGUUAAUGAAAGAACAUUCCAGCUUGGACGACUGGCUUCAGUUGGCAGAGAAAAUAGCCGCAUCCCCUAACUCAAGCCAUGUGCUGUAUGUUACAGCUAAAGAAGAGUUACAGAAGUAUGAGAGCCUUCGUGCUGAGGCCAGAAUUCGUUUAACUCAGCUGGACAGCCUGACCCAGAGGAGCCAAAUUCUGGUUGGCCUGUUCAGUGGUGCUAUGGGUGCAUGGCUUGUGGAAAUGACAAAGGACUGUGGACAGCGCUGGGACCAGCUCAGCAACACAGUGGACACUGUCUGCCGCAGGUUAAAGCACUUUGUGUGCCAGCGGGAGGAUUUUGAGGCACAAAGGGAAGAGAUGGCCAUGUGGCUGGCUGACAUGGACCUCAGGCUGAAUGAAGUGGAGCACUUCUCAGGCAAAGACACCUGCUCGAGGAUGCACAAGCUUCAGGGAUUUCGGGAGGCAGUGGGAGAGAGUGCAGGCCGACUGAACAAUUUGCUCCAGCGUGGUGAAGAGCUGAUCCAGAGGAGCGAGCCGGCUGAUGCCCAGGCCAUCGAGAGCCAGCUGCAGGAUCUCCUGCUCCACUGUACUCAUGUCUUUCAGGGCCUGGGCUGCCUGCACACACGCCUGCUUAGCAUGAGACUGGUUUUUGAGGAGGACUGGGCUCUGGGUGCUCCAGAUUCCGGCUGUCCUUCUGAGAGUGUGCUGGAGGAUGACUGUUUGGUGGACCAUACCACGGGACCUCGGCCUCAGGGCUCUCUUCAUCAGACCAGCCAAGACCACCUGGUUCUUGAGUGGGACCCUUCAGUGGACAUUGACAUUCUUACUUCAGUGCAGCUGCAGGUGGGUGUGUCUUGCACAGAGGAACCGGCCAAAUAUCCUUUAAGAAGGAGAGUCUACGUAAGUCCUGUGGACUCACAACCAGCCAAUGCUGCUAUCCACGUCAAACAGACAGGCAUAGAGAGGAGCUUAGAGCAUUCCGCCCCACCCCAGAUGCCAGUGCCAGUUGACAGAGCUUGCAAGCCCCAGUAUCCUGGUCCAUUUAAAAUCUCCACACCUGAAACCAGGCCUCCUGAGCCUGGGACUUUUGACCUGGAGCGCAUCAGUGCCUGGCUGGGCCAGUCGCACCAAAUUUGUUUUAAAGCCGUUCCACAGCCCUGCUCCAGUUUUUCAUCUUUGGCAUCCAGAGAGGAGGAGGAGGGAGCUGAGUAUCAAGAGAAUGUGCUCCCCAAGAGGCGCCCCCACCAACAGCAAGCUCAGCACACGUGCUCCUACUCUUGCCCAUCUAUGUCAUGUGACCUCCAGCAUCACUCUUAUAAACGUCACCAAGACCCACAGAGGCUGCAGGAGAGACCUUGUUUCCCUGAUUCACUGAAGGACAACACCUGUACAAAGUCGAGUUGUGACACGUGUAAACCAAAGGCCUCUACUGGCAACUCAUCUCAUAGUGGCCCCUGGCUCUUUGGGCCCCUGAAGCUUUCUGAAACGCGAAAGGCCUCGGCAGCACUGUUUGUCAUCUUGUGUGCCCUCCUGCUAGCUGUUGUGAUCUGGCCCUUCAUAUCACAUGAUUCCCCAUGCCAUUGGUCUAAUACCUUAACACGUUCCUUCCACCUGGCCCUACAUUACAAAGGACCCCCUCCCACCUGAUGAUUCAGGCUGCAGUACUGUAAAGAUAGAGAGUGCAUUUGCUAAACUCUUCUCUUUGCUUUUAGAUUAAAGGAUUUUUUAAAGAGAUUGUUCACCCAAAAAUGAACAAAAUUCCAUUAUUUACUCACCCACAUGUUGUUCCAAACCUGUUUAACUUGUGUUGAACACAAAAGGAGACGUUAGAAUGUUAGUCUCAUUUACCAUUCACUUUCAUUGCAUCUUUUCCAUACAAUGAAAGUGAAUGGUGACUGAGGCCAACAGAAACGUUUGGAACAAUGUAAGUAAAUGAUCACAGAAUUUACAAUUUUGGGUGAAUUAUUCCUUUAUGAAAGCAUUUCUCAUCUGAAAAUGGGGUUCAGGAGGAGCUAAAUCUGUUUGGCUGUUUUGUGGUUUUGCAUAAUGAUUAUACAAGGUUAUCCCUGGGUGCCAUCCACAUGCCUUAAAUAUGGUUGGACUCAGGCCAUCAAAGGCCAAGAGUGUAAACCCCACAAAGUGCACUUAAUUCUGCUCUGACCAGUAAAGCCUUCUCUGCUGGCCUAACAUGCCAAAUAAAUAAAUAUUUUUCAUCCUUUCAUUCUCAGUCACCUUUUUGCCUAUGUAUUUUUAAUUGCUUUCCACUCUUAAUUAAUCUACAAACAAAUAGAGAAAAACGAAAAGUUUAUCCAGUCAGAAUUUAUUCCUUGAUGCUUACAAGCGAAGCGUGACAACUGUUUCAGAAAUCACAUGCCCGAAGCCGAGCUCGUUAGCUGAAGUAGCGCGUGAGUUUGAGCUCCACCCCCUCAGUACUUCAGAAUUUUCACAGAAUCCCUCAACAGUGCAAAUGAAUGGGCAACUAAAGUCAGAUUGUCAGAUUCAUCAGCCAAUCAGAUUGAUUUAUUUGUGCUUGGUGGGUGUGAUCUUUAGGAUAUGUCCCGGUCGAGGUCUUCUAGCUGGCCUUGAGUGACGCAAUCAUGCUUUAAGUGACGUAAUUUGAAAGCGAGCGUGAGAUCUUGCUGACGAGUCGGCUGUCAUCAUUGCUGUUAUCGCCAUUGAGAAAGAGAUCCUUAUGGAUUUACAAAUACUAGAUGUUCUGCAUGACCGUGUGAUUGCUUAAUUUAUUAAACAGGAAAGGAGGACUGAUUUUCACUUCAAGUAAAUUGGUAAGUGCUUUUUGCAUUGUUAUAGCAACAUCAGGAGUUUUCUAAGUGUAAAUUAGGCUGCUGGAUCAAGUUUUGAAAAGUAGUGCCGUGUUCCAUUCAACUCGGAAAGUCAGAUUUUACAACUUCCUACUAGGAAAAGUGCAAUGGAACACAUCUUGAAGUCAGAAUUACAACUUGUAGGCUCGUGCAGAAAUUCUCAACUGCGAUUUUGCCGAGAUGCAAGGGCAUGAUGUCACACAAACAUGUCGACACUCAGGGAGAUAUACAAAGUAAGUGAUAAACAUUCACUUUAUUAAGUAAUAUCGAUAAAUGAGUUUGUUUCCACAUUACAUGAUAUUAAAGCUUGUUUAACAAACGCCUGCAGAAACAGGUGUAUAAAACAUUAUAAUCUCUUUUGGUAAUCAUACACCUGAAGCACAAAUGCUAACGCUGCAGCAUUGUUUAUCAGUUGGGUUGCUAGGAGACAUCUCUAAUGAGAGUCAAACCCCUGCUAAGCUAACAGGAGCGUUGCAGUUCCGAAUAUCGGGGAAUGGAAUGCAUUUAUGGUCGGAGAUAUAAAGUAGGAAUAUCCCACAUCCAACUUGAAUGGAACGCAGCAUUACCAUGUACCCUGACGAAACAAAAUGUAUUGCAAGCAACAUUUAAAUCGCAAAUAUUAUUAGAUAGAUUUUUCCAGGUAUUAUAGACCUCCUUGGUAGAUUCAUAUGAAAAAUUAUGAUUUUUGAAUGUCUGUUCGGGAGAACAAAAUGUCAGUUGGUAUUACUAAAGGCAUAGGGUGUCUUUUUCAUUGUGAACCUGUGUUUUCUUAAUGGCAUGAAUCACACUGAAGUCCUAGACUUUUAAUGCACGGCCCGCCACUGGCUCUGACACUAUUUUUUUCAUAAUGUUAGCGUGAAUUGUAUAAAUAGUAUCAAAUUAAAUUAUUUAAUGAGAGCUCAAGAAGCAUCACUAUUUAAAACUGCCUUGUCAAGCAUGUUUACUUGUGUUUUCUUUAAUUGUAUAAAAUGUUGCAUAUAAUUCAGGUUGACUGACAUUUUGCACAGUUUAAAAGGAUUAUU